ACAACUCUCGGUGGGGAUCGAAUGUCAGUUUGGGGACAAAAAUUCAACCUCAAUUGCUGCCUCAACUCCCAAGAACGUCUUACUCACGCUCCAAGAACUGUAUGGUUUUCUGGUUCUUUCCUUGUGUCUUGAGAGGAGAUGUUGUGACUGUUGUCGUCAACCCUGGCGCUGGUUGCUGUUGUUCCUGAUCAGCUGCAGUGCAAGGACUUUUCGAGGCAUAUUGACGUUGGACAGCGUGGUGGUUGUGAGCUUGGAACCGCUCGGUUGAGGUUUCCGAACCGUGUGGGUUGACUCCAGGCUGUGGAGAUCGUGACCACCCACAUUGUUUUGUGAAUGAUACAACGCCGUACGUAUGACGCUUUUGUGUGAUUAUUUGCGGAGAAUGGCCAAAACGGUAAAACGCAGCAACGCAAACAUGAACAGUGCGGCAGCGGCGGUGGCUGUGCUCAUGCUCGUAGCAUCAGUUACCGACACCGCUUCCGCUAAGGAGUACACAGUGGGCGGCACCACUGGCUGGGACUACGCACCCACGACGUCCUUCUACUCCGAGUGGUCCAACAAACUCAGAAUCGUCCCUGGUGACAAGAUUGUGUUCAAGUAUAUGCCGACUGCGCACAACGUGCAAGAAGUGACAGAGGCUGACUAUGCUGCUUGCAAUAGCAUGAACCCCAUCACGGAAUACCAAUCAGGUAACGACAUCGUCACGCUUCCCAAACAAGGCACCCAUUACUACAUCUGCGGAGUCCUGGGCCACUGCACUGAGGGCGGCAUGCGUAUGAAAGUCACGGUGGUCGCCGAUGAUUCUCUCAAUUCAGCGGCACCUGCAGGGAGUCUGCCUUUGCCCCAAGCGAGCACCCCACAGACAGGGGCUUCCAGCACUAGCGGAUUGGCUCGUCGGGGUGGUGACCAUGCAAAUUCCCCAGCGAUCCCACCCAUUUCUACUGCAGGUCACUCCGCGGCACAGAUCUCGGCCAAGCCGAAGAGCCUUAGUGGGAUGGCGGUUCUGUGGAGUGUCGGUGCUGCAGCCCUGGAGUUCAUAGUCGGUGUAGGAAUCAACGAGGUCAACGUUCACGGACAUAAGCGUUUGCACAAUGUUUCUUGAUUUGUGGUACUCCAUCGAAUAUGAAGUUUCAUGAUCUUGAUUGACAUGUUGUGACCCUGUGUUCCUAUUUCAUACUAUUGAAUUACUAAAGUUUUGGUUUCCAUUUA